AUGCUCAGCUUCAGCCUCAGCCGCAUCGUCGUUUCGGGCGUCAGUCUUGCAGCUUUGAUAGCGAUUGCAUUGGCCAUUUUACCGUCGUUUCUGGGUCUGGACUCUUUUUCGUUUUCGGAGCUGAAGCUAAAGCCAGAGCCGCAAAACACACAGACGCAGACUCAAACAGAGACGGCGACCAACAUCCUCGACGACACAAUGGCUUCACUGCGUCGGGCUGCUCCGCUGGUGUUUCCCGCCCUGGGUCGGCAUACGGCCACUGUGAUCUUCAUCCACGGACUGGGUGACAGUGGCAGUGGCUGGGCUGAUGCCGUGCAGUUGUGGCAGAGGAAGCACCGGCUGGACGAGGUCAAGUUUGUCCUGCCAAAUGCCCGCAUCAUGCCCAUCACAAUGAAUCAAGGCUACCCUAUGCCUGCUUGGUUUGAUGUCAAAACUCUCGGUGGCGCAUCCGGCAGAACCUUGGAUGCCAAAGCUCGCGAUGAGGAUGAGGCUGGUAUUCUCGAGUCUCGCGCCUACCUGUAUUCUCUCAUCCAGCAAGAGGUUUCAGAGGGCAUCUCAUCUGAACGCAUUGUGCUCGGUGGCUUUUCCCAAGGCGGUGCCAUGAGCAUCUUCUCUGGCUUGACGGCUCCCUUUAAGCUUGGUGGCAUUGUUGGCUUGUCUUCUUGGAUGCUUCUUCAUCACAAAUUCAAGGAGUUCAUCCCAGAGUCAAACCCGAACAAGGAAACCCCAAUCUUCAUGGGACAUGGAGACAGUGACCAGCUGGUUCUUUAUGAGUGGGGGUUGGCCACUGAGCAAAAGCUCAAGGAAUUUGGCUUUGACGUGAAGCUGGAAACAUAUGAGGGUAUGCAGCACUCUGCCUGCAUACAAGAGUUUGAUGACGUCGAGUCGUUUCUCGUAUCCAGACUCGCCUCAGACAAGGCUUAA